AUAUAUGAAAUAGGAGGUGGCUCUGGAACGUGUGCAAAGUGUAUACUGGAUUACAUGCUGUUAAACGCACCUGAAAGGGUAUACAAUAACUUGACUUACAUUUCAGUGGAGAUUAGUCCUUCUCUGGCAAAAAGACAAUUAGAGACUGUUGGAGAAGUUUCAAGUCAUCUAAAUCGGUACAGAGUAGAAAACCGGGAUGCGUUAGAUAGAAGUGGAUGGCAUGUUGACCCCAAUCCUUGUUGGGUUAUAAUGCUUGAGGUCCUUGAUAAUCUUCCACAUGAUCUUGUUUAUUCCCCCGAUCAAGUUUCUCCAUGGACGGAGGCUUGGAUUGAGAAAGCGGAAGACAGCUUACAAAUUUCUGAGACCUUUAAGCCAUUACAAGAUACACUAAUUGCUCAAUGUAUUAAUAUUAUUGGCUUGGAUAAGGAGAGAAAUAUACAGCCUAGCCGAUUUUUUUCUGCCGCAAGGAAAAUUUGGUCAAAGGCAUUUCCAAAGCCUCAUAAAGCUUGGAUGCCAACUGGCUGCCUGCAACUCCUUGAAGUUCUACAUUGGGCUUUGCCGAAGAUGUCGCUUGUUGCUUCUGAUUUUAAUUACCUUCCGGAUGUUAGAAUUAUGGGUGACCGGGCUCCUCUUGUUUCUACCAAGAAAGAAGGGAUCACAGUUGAUCAUUCAAGUUACCUGGAUGCAAAGGGCGACUCUGAUAUCUUCUUCCCAACUGAUUUUUGGCUUUUGGAGAGAAUUGAUCACCACUGCUCUGGAUGGACAGGUGAGACGAACUCCAGAUCAUCUAAACCUGUGAAGCUGAGAAGAAGUAUCACACUUGAUACUGCUGCUUUCAUCGAACAAUUUGGCUUGCCGUCAAAGACGAGGACCAAGGAUGGGUAUAACCCCCUUCUGGAUGAUUUCAAGAACACAAAGUUUUAUCUAAGUGUUCCCACACAUAACGUCAUAUAAGUGGUUCUCUGCAUGAAAGACAGAAAGCUUUGGAUCAACUUAGCCAUUUGUUUUGCUUCUCAGAAUAUCUUUCGGAAUUCAAGGUAACAGUAACAGUCAAGGACCUGAUGUCUUCUUACAUGCAGUAUGAAACCCUUAUAAACUCAUACUUCCAAUUUGUUCCGUAAUUUAUCUUAAUAAAUUCAUGUUGGCAAAACUAUUACCGCUUGAAUGCUGGCACCUAUAAAUAUUACAAAGAAGACUAUAUAUUUGCAUACAAUCCACUCAAUUUCUAUGUAUUUAUAUAUAUAUCUAGCACCUAGAUUUCAAUUUUUACGUACAUACAACAUUACCAUUACUAUGAAUGAUUUAAUUGAUAUAAAUGUAAGAAAGCGACAUUUAGGUGUUAGAUAUGUAAAUAUAUUGGAAUUGGGUGUCAAUU